AAACCCGCCAAAUUAUAUAGUCCUGAGUCCACUUGCAGUUAACGGCUUCCCUAGGUAAUUCCACCUUUUCCACGGUCACGGGUUAUAGACCUUGAAGUCUUACGUUUUCUUACCGGCGUGUUCGUCUAUCGAAGAGACCUAGUUAAAAUAGGAACGGAUCGACCUCACUUUAAAGUAGGGUCAUCACACGUGCAGUUACAGAUCAAAAUGGAACCUGAUUGUCCCGUGCGUAAACACAUGGAUGAUCCAAACAUUCAAUGGAACCAUGGUAAGCCAGAUUAUACCAUUGUGAAUGAGAAAUAUCUUAAGGAAAGGUCGAAGACGCAUCCUGUCGGAUCCCUGGAGAAGAUUGUUGAAAACCUCGUCAAAACCUGGGAAAUGGAAUCUUCCCACAAAGCACGAGAGGAGGAUUGGCAGUCUAUUGAGAGGGACACUUUCACAAUCAGCUCGAACGGAGGCAGGCGAUUUAAAUUGAAGGACAACAUUGAAAUAGGGAACUACAAUAUGUUGAUGUGGGAUUCCCCACUUUAUCAGGCAGAAGAGGAGACAAAUCAGUCGUCUCAUCAGCUAUUUCGUCAAGCAAUGCCUGGUGGAUUUGCUUGGGAGGUUUUAGAAGUAUUUUCAGGACCACCAAAAGUAUCCUUUACAUGGAGACACUGGGGAAAAUGGGAAGGAAAGUACAAGGAUUGCGAGCCUACUGGAGAGAACUUGGAAUUGACCGGAAGUUGUGUUGCCGCCGUAAAUGAAAAUCUGCAAAUCGUUUCAAUUGAAGUAUUUUAUGACCCGAACCCGAUGAUAGCCAAACUGAUGAAUUUCAAAUUGGAUAAAAAUUGUCCAGUUUGCUAAAUAGCUGCCCGUCAAUUAAGCACGUGUCACACGAUACGUGUUAACAACUGUGCGGGAAAGCGAAACAUUUCCCAUGAAAUGUUUGUACAAAACAGACCGCUAAUGACUAUAUUUAAGAAAUAAUUAACGAUGAUUCGUGUAUUGUUGCAGGAUAUACAACGAGGACGAGGAUAUUUUGCAAUUAAAUUAAUUAAAAUUGCAAAAUAUCCGAGUCCGAGUAUAGGUAGAAUUGAAUAUAAGCAAAUAUUCUCAUUAUAUUCCUAUUAACACUCUGCCAUAUUAAAUGUGUUCCAACGCCGACAAUGAGUAAUAAUGAUCCAUUGAAAACAAUAAUAUGAUUCUUAUACCACACGAAUUGUUAUACAUUAAGCUAUUACCAAAUGUUUGAGAUUCUCUUCUCAUCUCUUAUUAUCUAACUCAAUAGUUACAUCAUGAAGAAAUUAUAGCAUAAUCCUCCUUUAUAUAUAGUUUGUAACUGUGGCUGUUAUAGGCGAUGCUUUAAAAGCUCGGUGGCCUUUAAUAUUAAAACACACUCUCCAUUCAUACAAACGUACAAAAUAUAUUUUCUCGAAUUUCAUUUUACUACUCUUACUAUUUUUAUUUAUUUCUAUAUUUUUUAUUAUUUAUUUUUCUUCUUAUUAUUAUCUUUUUAAUUAUUGUUAUUUAAUUUUUAAAAAAGAUUGUAUUAAUAGAAUAUGAUUAAUAGGAUCGGCUGCGAGUUAUCAACAAGCUUAACUCAGGCCAGAUGAUGCUCUUAUUUUUUAUAUUCACAGUCAUAUUUCUACUAUGGUUAUUUUAUGAAAAAUAUUUAACUAUUAAUUGGGUACAAUAUCUACCAAUCAAUGAACUAAUUAUUUUCUUUGAAUAAAAAAGUUUAAUGGAAAUGU